AUAGUAACAAAUUCCCAAACACAAACUAAAGCAAUUAAUCUAAUUGUCUUAAAAUGGUUAACAUGAAGUUAGCAUGUGUUGUUGUGAUGUGCAUGGCAAUGUUGUAUGCACAAACUGGUGGUGCAUUAACAUGUGGACAAAUCUCAAAUAACCUUGUUCCAUGCGUAGGUUAUCUUCAAUAUGGUGGUCUGAUUUCAAAGCGUUGCUGUGACGGCGUUAAAAGCAUUGCGAAUGACGCUACGACCACCCCUGCCCGCCGUUUUACUUGCAACUGCUUGAAAUCGGCUGCUGCUGCUGUUAAGAAAAUCAACCCAAACAACGCUCAGUUACUUCCCGGAAAAUGUGGUGUUAAUAUCCCUUAUAAGAUCAGCACUUCCACCAACUGUGCUAGUAUCAAAUGAUCAGGUGAAAAAGUUUUGAAGGCAUGAGAAAUCGGCUAAAAUAAUCUAUAUAUGGCAUUAACUACAAUCAAAUAGAAUAGAAUAAAGGAGGGGCAAGUUCUCCGUUUACGCGAGAGCUAGUUUUCUCUAGGUUUUAAAUAUUUGUGUGUUUUUAUGUAAUGCUUAAUUUACUUUAAUAAUAUUAGUGGUUGGUAUUUAAAUUUAUAUGGUUA